CUUUUUUGCUGGUUGUAGACUCCAGGGCCUGGUGCAGCCGAGAACCCCUCCCCUGUGCAGCUGCCCUGUCGCAUGGUCCUAGGAGUUUUUAAAAGCAACUUUCUACAGGAAAGCAAAACUCCGGCGAAAGCAUGUCCUCCCUCCCUGGGUGCAUGAGUUUGGCUGCAGCGCCAGCUGCGGCGGCGGACUCUGCAGAGAUUGCUGAGCUGCAGCAGGCAGUGGUUGAAGAGCUGGGUAUCUCUAUGGAGGAACUUCGUCAGUUCAUCGAUGAAGAACUGGAAAAGAUGGACUGUAUACAGCAGCGCAAGAAGCAGCUGGCAGAGCUGGAGACGUGGGUGCUGCAGAAGGAGUCUGAGGUGGCUUAUGUUGAUCGGCUGUUUGAUGAUGCAUCUAGAAUGCGGAGAAAGUGGGAGCAGAGCUGAGCAGAUGGUUCCAUGGCUUCGUGAAGCUAUGGCUGCCUUAAGAAAAUCAGCUCAAGAUGUCCAGAAGUUCAUGGAUGCUGUCAAUAAGAAAAGCAGUUCUCAAGAUCUACAUAAAGGAACCUUGGGUCAGGUGUCUGGAGAACUGAGCAAAGAUGGGGACCUGAUAGUCAGCAUGCGGAUUCUGGGCAAGAAGAGGACUAAGACGUGGCACAAAUGCACCCUCAUUGCCAUCCAGACUGUGGGGCUAGGAAAGAAAUACAAAGUGAAAUUUGACAACAAAGGAAAGAGUCUGCUGUCUGGGAACCAUAUUGCCUAUGAUUACCACCCUCCUGCUGACAAGCUGUUUGUGGGCAGUCGAGUGGUGGCCAAAUACAAAGAUGGAAAUCAGGUCUGGCUUUAUGCUGGCAUUGUAGCUGAGACCCCUAACGUCAAGAACAAGCUCAGGAUCUCAGAAUGAGUGGCCAUAAACUUGAUGUAGAGACCAACCUGGCCUAACUGAUAGAGAUCUAUGUGCUUCACCCUCCCCUUGCUCACUAAAGGUAUGCAUCACAACGCCAGGUUGGAGGCAUUGUCACAAUGACAUUUCCUCCUCUCACAUGGUCCCAGCCUGUGUCAAAUUUACAAAAACAAAACGUGCCAUCUAGAUAGCACACUUGAAUAUAAGAAAUUGUAGUUCAUGCUUUUAAUCCCAGUGUUCGGGAGGUAAAGGCCAAUAGAUCUCCGUGAGUUGGAUGCCAUCCUGCUCUACAAAUUAAGUUC